AUGUCAACAAGUUUUUUUUAUUUCAGCGGGAAUGCAACGCUGAGUCCGGGGUCAAUGACCUUUAAGGCGGGAAAAACCGCUCAAACAUUUCUGCUUCGCGCCAUAAACCGCCAACUUAGGAAUGUCGACCGACUGGCUUCGAUAUCGACAGCUGUGAAAAAACAAAGCGACACACGCUCUUCUACACAGAAAGCCGGCGGCCGAAGUCCAAGUGGUAGGCAGGACGCUGCGUAUUUUCAGAGUAUUCGUGAAUGGCAUCAAAUUAGCCGGUGCGGGGAAGCGAGGGGGCACGCCGCGUCAGCCAGCGACCGGCGACCGCUACUCGCUCGCUACCUCGCGCGUCGCCAACUAGUCGUGUUCACGGCGCCACACGAAAAGCACGCGCGGCUCUCCUUCAAAUCGGCCCGCACCCGAAUAAUGUUUCAGUGUUUGACAAACUCAAUCGGAGGUCUCGGAAGAAGUACGGAUCGCGUUUUGCACAAACUUUCUGACGGUGUGCGUGGAACGAAUUGCGCGCAUCGUCCUUGUGAUAAGAGGGCCCUG